UUACCGGCAAUGUUCCUGGCCUGGACAUGAGUUCCCUUUGGCUUCAAUUCCUGUAUCUGAGCUGCCAGAGGACUAACCCAUAACCGAUCUCGCAUCCAUUGCAUUUGCCAUAUUUGGAUCAUGGCUGGUGCCGUACGUCAACCGAUCGAUGUUCCAGCCCUGGAACGGUAUAUCGACCAGAAUGUACCCGUCAUCAAGACACCCCUGGAGGUGAAACAGUUCGGUUUUGGCCAAUCGAACCCAACCUACCAGCUCGUUGCCUCCGAUGGAAAGAAGUUCGUUCUGCGCAAGAAGCCGCCAGGCAAGCUAUUGUCAAAGACAGCACACAAGGUUGAGCGGGAAUACAAGAUUAUACAUGCGUUGGAGCAAACGGACGUGCCUGUCCCCAAGGCGUACUGUCUCUGCGAGGACAGCAGUGUAAUUGGGACCCCCUUCUACAUCAUGGAGUUCCUGGAUGGGAGGAUAUUCACCGAUCCCGCAAUUCCUGAGGUAUCGGCUGAGGAGAGAACAGCCUUGUGGAAGGAUGCCGUUCGAACCUUGGCCAAAUUCCAUCGCGUCGUCCCCAAGUCCGUCGGGUUAGAAGGAUUCGGAAAACCAACAGGAUUCUAUGAUCGACAGAUUGCCACGUUUACCACAGUUUCCAAGGCCCAAGCUCAAGCCGUCGAUGUCGAAUCCAAGGAGCCGGUCGGGGAGCUGCCCCAUUUCAUGGAGAUGGUGGGCUUCUUUCAGGACAAGAGCACACAGCCAAAGGACCGUGGGACAUUAGUGCACGGCGAUUACAAGAUUGACAACAUGGUCUUCCACAAGACCGAACCUCGUGUUAUCGGCGUGCUGGACUGGGAAAUGGCCACGGUGGGCCACCCUCUCUCGGACUUUUGCAACCUCACCAGCCCGUACUUCCUCGAAGGAACAGAAUACCAGGUGGAGAAGUUCAGGCCAGGCGCUGUCCCCGGUUUGCCCACGCGAGAGGACUGUUUGCGGUGGUACAGCGAAUAUGCCGGAUGGGAUCCGGCGCCUGAGAUCAUUUGGGGGGACGCAUUCUUUCAAUGGAGGAGCUCGGUCAUCAUGCAAGGCAUCAAAGCACGCUAUGCCUUGAGGCAGGCUAGCAGCGCGCGUGCCGCAGAGUAUGCCCAAAAAACGGUGCCGUUUGCCCUCGGGGCAUGGGAGCGAGUGCAGAAGGUGCAGGCAGUCCUUCGCCAGAAGGGCAAAUUGUAGGGAGAGCCAUGCCAGCCAGCGUGCUCGCCAGGCCGAAAGCCAGGAUGUCUUAGUUCAGUAGCUGACUUCCUACGGGAGGAACCUUGUGGAGACUAGAAAGGCACUCGAUUGCGUGGCGUUGGAUGGUUUGUGCGUCUUUAUUGGCAUUUACAUGUCAUGCCUUAUACGAAUAUAUAUAUACAUAUGUAUCCACGACCAGCGAGCAAUUGCAUGUUAGACAACCUGUUUCGAGGUCGGUGUGUUCGCAGAAGAGAGUUUAAAUCAAUGAUCAGAUCAGAUGAUACGAGCCAGAC